AUGGUUGGGUUCAACAGAGUGUGGAUCUCUACUCCCGGCGUCCCGCCGGUCACCGGAAAGCGAAGAUUUGCCAUGCCAAGGCAGACAGACAGCAUGGGCCCAUUGACGUCCGAGCCAUCGCCCAAGGAGAGCCCCCGGCGCAGAAGACCUUUCCGGCUGCCCUAUGCCACAGCGCACCUCUACUCGAGUACAGAUAUUUUUAUAUUGUCUCUCAGGCGAUCCCGGGCCCUAGCAUCUUCCGAGGUGCCUGCCGGGACUUGGACCGGGGUGCGAACAACCCCUGAGAGUCUUAGAUCUCGAUUGAUUCUCAUUUGCAGGCCUUAUCCGAGCCCGACGCCCUCCUCGGGGUAGGUUACAUUUAAUUUGAGAGUGCGGAAGCGAUGGUCGGCACACAUAAGGAAGUUUUGCUCUAAACCAAUCUCUCCUAGCACUGUCCAGUAUUCGGGACCUGUUAUCUCCGAGACGCAUGUGAUCUCAUUUCACUCGACUGAACUAUUCAAAUUUUCUUGGACUGACGUCUCUGUCACAAGGCUCAACUCAAAGGAUAGAGUCGCAAACGGAGCCCUCGAAAUUGGUUGCAUACGUAAGCGAAAGUUUUACCAGAGCGGCCUCACAAACGGCAGGCUUUAG